AUGGCGGCGGCGGCAGCGGUGGCUUCCGGAUUCUGGCUCUGGGCUGCCCUGCUCAUCCCUGCGGCCGCGGUCUACGAAGACCAAGUGGGCAAGUUUGAUUGGAGACAGCAGUAUGUCGGGAAACUCAAGUUUGCCUCCUUGGAAUUUUCCCCUGGAUCCAAGAAGUUGGUUGUGGCCACAGAGAAGAAUGUGAUUGCAGCAUUGAAUUCUCGAACUGGGGAGAUCUUGUGGCGCCAUGUUGACAAGGGCACAGCGGAAGGGGCAGUGGAUGCCAUGCUGCUCUGUGGACAGGAUGCAAUCACUGUGUCCAAUGGAGGCCGGAUCAUGCGCUCCUGGGAGACUAACAUCGGGGGCCUGAACUGGGAGAUUACCUUAGACAGUGGCAGUUUCCAGGCGCUUGGGCUGGUAGGCCUGCAGGAGUCAGUGAGGUACAUUGCGGUCCUGAAGAAGACCACUCUCGCCCUCCAUCACCUCUCCAGUGGGCACCUAAAGUGGGUGGAACAUCUCCCGGAAAGUGACAGCAUCCAUUACCAGAUGGUGUAUUCCUACGGCUCUGGGGUAGUGUGGGCCCUCGGAGUUGUUCCCUUCAGCCAUGUGAACAUUGUCAAGUUUAACGUAGAAGAUGGAGAGAUUGUUCAGCAGGUCAGGGUGUCGACUCCCUGGCUGCAGAGUCUCACCAGAGCCUGCGGUGUGGUGGAUGAGGCUGUCUUGGUAUGCCCUGACCUGAGCUCACGGUCCCUCCAGACCUUGGCCCUGGAGACAGAGUGGGAGUUGAGGCAGAUCCCGCUGCAGUCUCUUGACCUAGAAUUUGCAAGUGAAUUCCAACCCCGGGUCCUGCCUACACAGCCCAACCCAGUGGAUCCUACUCGGGCCCAGUUCUUCCUGCAGCUGUCUCCAAGCCACUAUGCACUGCUGCACUACCACCACGGCGUCCUGAGUCUGCUCAAAAACUUCCCACAGACUGCCCUAGUGAGCUUUGCCACCACCGGGGAGAAGACGGUGGCUGCAGUCAUGACCUGUCGGAGUGAGGCGCAGAAGCCUAGCAGUUCUGAAGAUGGGUCAACGGGGAGCUUUUCGGAGAAGUCUGGUCCACAGGACUCGCUGGCUUGCUUCAACCAGACCUACACCAUUAACCUCUACUUAAUGGAGACAGGUCGGCGGCUGCUCGACACCACAAUCACCUUUAGCCUGGAACAGAACGGCACUCGGCCAGAGCGGAUGCACAUCCAGGUCUUCCUGAAGAAGGACGACUCUGUGGGCUACCGGGCCUUGGUACAGACGGGGGAUCACCGGCUAAUUUUCCUGCAGCAGCUGGCAGGGAGGGUGGUGUUGUGGAGCCGCGAGGAGUCCCUGGCAGAGGUCGUGUGCCUGCAGAUGGUGGACCUCCCCCUGACGGGGGCGCAGGCCGAGCUGGAAGGGGAAUUUGGCAAGAAGGCAGCCAUUCAAGACGGCUUAUUGGGCAUGUUCCUGAAACGCCUCUCGUCCCAGCUCAUCCUGCUGCAGGCAUGGACCUCCCACCUCUGGAAAAUGUUUUACGAUGCUCGGAAGCCCCGGAGUCAGAUUAAGAAUGAGAUCAACAUUGACACCCUGGCCAGGGAUGAAUUCAACCUGCAGAAGAUGAUGGUGAUGGUGACGGCCUCAGGCAAGCUUUUUGGCAUUGAGAGCAGCUCUGGCACCAUCCUGUGGAAACAGUAUCUCCCCAGCGUAAAGCCAGACUCCUCCUUUAAACUGAUGGUCCAGAGGACUACUGCCCAUUUCCCACACCCACCCCAGUGCACCCUCCUGGUGAAGGACAAGAAGACGGGAAUGAGUUCGCUCUAUGUCUUCAAUCCCAUUUUUGGGAAGUGGAGUCAGGUGGCCCCCCCAGUGCUGAAGCGCCCCAUCUUGCAAUCUUUGCUUCUCCCCAUCAUGGAUCAAGACUAUGCCAAGGUGCUGCUGUUGAUAGAUGAUGAGUACAAGGUCACAGCUUUCCCGGCCACUCGGAAUGUCCUGCGACAGCUCCAUGAGCUCGCCCCUUCCAUCUUCUUCUAUUUGGUGGACACGGAACAGGGACGGCUGUGUGGCUAUCGACUUCGAAAGGAUCUCACCACUGAGCUGAGCUGGGAGCUAACCAUUCCCCCGGAGGUGCAGCGCAUCGUCCAGGUGAAGGGGAAGCGCAGCAGCGAGCACGUUCACUCGCAGGGCCGAGUGAUGGGGGACCGAAGCGUGCUCUACAAGAGCCUGAACCCCAACCUGCUGGCUGUGGUGACAGAGAGCACAGAUGUUCACCACGAGCGCACCUUCAUCGGCACCUUCCUUGUGGACGGCGUCACCGGGCGCAUCAUCCACUCCUCCGUGCAGAGGAAGGCCAAGGGCCCCGUCCAUAUCGUGCACUCGGAGAACUGGGUGGUGUACCAGUACUGGAACACCAAGGCCCGGCGCAACGAGUUCACCGCGCUGGAGCUCUAUGAGGGCACCGAGCAGUACAACGCCACGGCCUUCAGCUCCCUGGACCGCCCGCAGCUGCCCCAGGUCCUCCAGCAGUCCUACAUCUUCCCCUCCGCCAUCAGCGCCAUGGAGGCCACCAUCACCGAGCGGGGCAUCACCAGCCGACACCUGCUCAUUGGGCUGCCUUCCGGAGCAAUUCUUUCCCUGCCUAAGGCCUUGCUGGAUCCCCGCCGGCCCGAGAUCCCAACAGAACAGAGCAGAGAGGAGAACCUGAUCCCGUAUUCUCCAGACGUACAGAUCCACGCAGAGCGGUUCAUCAACUAUAACCAGACAGUUUCUCGAAUGCGAGGUAUCUAUACAGCUCCCUCGGGCCUGGAGUCCACUUGUUUGGUUGUGGCCUACGGUUUGGACAUUUACCAAACUCGAGUCUACCCAUCCAAACAGUUUGAUGUCCUGAAGGACGACUAUGACUAUGUGCUAAUCAGCAGCGUCCUCUUUGGUCUGGUCUUUGCCACCAUGAUCACUAAGAGACUGGCACAGGUGAAACUCCUGAAUCGUGCCUGGCGGUAA